UGAGAGCUCGCGGCAAACUUCUGCUCACUCGGUCAUAUGAUUUUAUGGAAAAGGGCGAGUCUUGACUCUUGAGAGCCAGUUGACAGAUCGAUCUUUUGCUUAAGCGUGUUCGAGGAAAUUUUCGUCGCAAAAUGAAGGGAUGCAUAUUCAACAUCGAUGGUGGCUACCUGGAGGGUUUAUGUCGGGGUUUCAAAUGUGGUAUACUUCAGCAGAGCGAUUACUUAAACUUGGUUCAAUGCGAAACACUUGAAGAUUUAAAGCUACACUUGGCUGGCACAGACUAUGGCAGCUUUUUGGCCAACGAGCCGUCUCCACUAUCCGUUAGUGUGAUCGAUGACAAAUUGAGGGAGAAGCUGGUUGUGGAGUUUCAACAUAUGCGCAAUCAUUCCGUCGAGCCUCUGUCUCAAUUUUUGGAUUUCAUCACUUACAGUUAUAUGAUUGACAAUAUCAUUUUGUUAAUCACUGGUACUUUACAUCAACGACCUAUUUCAGAAUUGAUUCCAAAGUGCCAUCCUCUUGGCAGCUUUGAGCAAAUGGAAGCGAUUCACGUUGCUGCCACACCUGCAGAGUUGUACAAUGCUGUACUGGUAGAUACACCUUUAGCACCUUUCUUCGUGGACUGCAUUUCUGAGCAGGACUUAGACGAGAUGAAUAUUGAGAUAAUAAGAAAUACUCUUUACAAGGCAUAUCUGGAAGCCUUUUAUAAAUUUUGCAAAGAACUUGGUGGUACAACUGCAGAUACUAUGUGCGAAAUACUUGCUUUUGAGGCAGAUAGAAGAGCAAUCAUUAUAACCAUCAAUUCAUUUGGCACUGAAUUGGGAAAGGAUGAUCGUGCAAAAUUAUAUCCACGCUGCGGACGUUUGAAUCCGGAUGGAUUGGCAGCCUUAGCAAGAGCCGACGAUUAUGAACAAGUGAAGGCUGUAGCUGAAUAUUACGCUGAAUAUAGCGCCUUAUUUGAAGGUGCAGGAAAUAAUCCUGGUGAUAAAACCUUGGAAGAUAAAUUCUUUGAACACGAGGUACGCUUAAACGUCCACGCAUUCCUUCAACAAUUUCAUUUUGGAGUGUUCUAUAGCUACUUGAAAUUAAAGGAGCAAGAAUGUCGUAAUAUUGUAUGGAUCGCAGAGUGUGUUGCUCAAAAACAUCGAGCUAAAAUAGAUAAUUACAUCCCCAUAUUUUAAACUAAUUAUGUAUUGACAAUGAUUUCAAUCAUUUAUAUUUAAUUCUGCAACGUAUUCCAAUUUUCUUUUGCAUAGUUAAAAAUUAUGCAAAAUUAAUAGUCUAAUUGUCAGAAAGGUUCUUGGAAGUUGUUCAUGGAAUAUUAUCAUAAAAGUUAAUUUUAGAACAUGAAGUAGAUAUGUGCUAGUAUAUAUAAGUCAAAUAUUAAUAAGCCGCAUGCAUGUAUUAUUGAAAAUUAUAAUUUAGAAUUGUUAUAAGAUUUUAAGUGAAAUAGCACACUGUAGCAAAAUCUGUAUAUAUACAUAAUAUAUCUUAUUGUCUUAUUGUAAUUUUCAAUGUAAAUCAUUUUCAUAUGUACUGUAAUUAACACAUUGUUAUUAACACAUGCGCGCGCGCGCACACACACACACACACACACACACACACACACACACACACA